CGCCAUUCCACAUUUGAGCUUUCUCACCAAACUCAAUCCUCUCUAUCUCUCUAUACUUUCCUCGUUUUCCUCCAGAUCAGAUGGCCCCCAAGGCGGAAAAGAAGCCUGCUGCGGCGGAGAAGGCCGCAGCCGCCGAGAAAUCUGUGGCGGCGGAGAAGAAGCCUAAGGCCGGGAAGAAGCUCCCGAAGGACGUCGGAGCAUCUGCUCCGGCUGGUGACAAGAAGAAGAAGAGGGUGAAGAAGUCGGUGGAGACCUACAAGAUCUACAUCUUCAAGGUGCUGAAGCAGGUCCAUCCUGACAUCGGGAUCUCCAGCAAGGCCAUGGGGAUCAUGAACAGCUUCAUCAACGACAUCUUCGAAAAGCUCGCCCAGGAGUCGUCUCGUCUCGCCCGCUAUAAUAAGAAGCCCACCAUCACUUCCCGCGAGAUCCAGACCGCCGUGAGAUUGGUUCUUCCCGGAGAAUUGGCCAAGCACGCUGUUUCUGAAGGCACCAAGGCCGUCACCAAAUUCACCAGCUCCUAAACAUUUUUAAUCUGUCUUUGGAUUUCAUUAUCGUCUGAAUUAGGGCUAAUUGAUGUAAAGUAGCUUUGAUUUCGUCUUGAUUCCUGAAAUCUUAUCGUGUUUCAUGUAACCUUCAUCUCUCUUUCAAUGAAUCGAUCACCAUUCC